CCACACACGGCCGUUAACUCGUCGUCGUCGAUCUCACAUUCCGCAAAAGAAAAGAAAGGCAAAAAAAUAGAAAUCCUGAAAGAGGAAGCCUCUCUCUGCUCUGGCGUUGAACGGAAACCUCAAACCCUACCUAGUACGGACGGAGAGAAGAUUACUUCUUCUGCAACUACAAUCUACUUCGUCUUGUGCUGGAGAACUUCAAAUUCGUUUCUGAGAUUUGGCUUCGAACUGCUUUUCUUGGCCUACGGGGAUAUCAGCUUAGCAUGAGUUGACAGGCAUGCUGCUUCACUAUUGGAAGUAUAGUAGAUUGUUAAACUAAGUGUCUGAGAGAUGUUUUCAACAAAGAUAUUCCUGCUAAUGGUUCUGCUGCAUCUGAAAAGAUUUACUAUGCAGCAUGGCUAUGUGUUUGAUUAUUCAGACUAUCUUUGAAAAUUCACCGAUUUAGCUUAGAGGCACUCCACAUUUGUAAGUAGAUGGAUUUGUAACUUUAAAUUCUUAGAUUCCCUGGACUAUGUACUGGUGGUAGCCUGUGGUUAUUCACUUGGCCUGUUACUUAUCUAUCUGGCUUUCUUCGUAACGAGGCAAUUUCUAUGAUUUUCUGUGGCAGUUUGACUAAUAUUGUAGUAGUUUAUUCCUAGUUUUGUCGAAGAAGAGAGAUCUCGCAGUUGAAUCAUCAUGUCUGUGACUAACCUUAUAGAAAUUAGUUCAUCAGACAGUGAUAUAGAGGUAGAAUAUAUUAGUGAUAGUGAUGACGAUGUUGCACCAAGUAUCGGGGAACCUAGUGGCAGCAGAAAGCUUCCUCAUUGGGCAUCCACAGUUUAUAGUCCAGGUCAAAGUAAUGUUAAUAACAGCCCACAUUCUGAUUCUAACGGUGACACUAGAGCCUCAAAUCAUCAUAUUGUCCUCACUGAUGACAACAAUUAUCUUACUGAAAAUGGGAAUGCUGGUCUACCUCGAACCGUGAAUUCUCGAAUUGCAAGCACAGCUGGUGCAGAUUAUGAACGUUUAUCUUCUCAACAAGCUUUUAAGAGGACCCUGCCUUAUACCUCUCAGUCAUAUGUACCCCCUACAAAAUCAAGUAACUUAGUCGACAAUGUGGGCAGUAGUCAAAUUCGUGAUGCCCACGUCAGUUCUUAUGAUUCGGGAAGGCCAGGUUCAACUAGUGGGAGAUUUUAUGGGAGAGAGCAUUUUUUCAGAGGCAACGGUGAUGAUACUGUUAGUUCUGAGAUCAGGGAUUACAGGGUCCUCCCUGUGAGUUUGGCACCAGGGAAAUCUAUACCUUCACAAUAUCCAGGCGAACAUUCCUAUCGUCCUGGUUAUGGUGAAGAAAUGGUGGCUGGAGGUGAUGAGAGAUUGAUUUAUCAGGCAGCAUUGGAGGAUCUAAAUCAACCAAAACAAGAGGCUACUCUUCCUGAUGGUCUUCUUUCUGUUCCUCUUUUAAGACACCAGAAAAUUGCGUUAUCAUGGAUGCUACAGAAGGAAAAUAAAAGUUUGCAUUGUUUGGGAGGAAUUUUAGCGGAUGACCAGGGCCUUGGAAAGACGGUUUCUAUGAUUUCACUCAUGCUGUUGCAGAAGUCCUCACAAUCAAAGGCAAAAUUGGAAGAUGGAAGCAAGACAAAGGCUGAAGCUUUAAAUUUGGAUGACGAUGACGAUAAUGGCACUGGCACUGGCACUGCUGAUUCAGAUAAAAUGCAGCAGACUGGAGAGUCUGAUGAUGUUAAACCAAUUCAAGAAGUGAAAACAACUAGAGCAAUCAGUAAGCGGAGACCAGCAGCUGGUACAUUGGUUGUGUGCCCUGCAAGUAUUCUACGGCAGUGGGCCAGAGAACUAGAUGACAAAGUCACUGAAGAAGCAAAACUUUCAGUUUUAAUCUAUCAUGGAGGAAGUAGGACUAGGGAUCCUGAUGAGCUUGCAAAGUAUGACGUGGUUCUCACAACAUAUGCGAUCGUCACUAAUGAAGUUCCAAAACAACCAUUAGUUGAUGAGGAUGAUGCUGAGGAAAAAAAUGGAGAUAGAUAUGGAUUAUCUUCUGAUUUUUCUGUCAACAGAAAGAGGAAAAAGACCUCUAUCAGUAGUAAGAAGGGUAAGAAGGGCAGGAAAGGAACUGGUAUUUCCUUUGAUUGUGAUUCUGGCCCACUGGCGAGAGUGGGUUGGUUCAGGGUUAUUCUGGAUGAAGCUCAGACAAUAAAGAAUCACAGAACUCAGGUGGCUAGAGCCUGCUGUAGCCUUCGAGCCAAAAGAAGGUGGUGCUUAUCUGGAACACCUAUACAAAAUGCAAUUGAUGAUUUAUAUAGCUAUUUCAGAUUUCUGAGGUACGAUCCUUAUGCUGUCUAUAAAUCUUUCUACCAUACAAUCAAGGUUCCAAUUUCCAGAAAUUCAGUUACUGGCUAUAAGAAGCUUCAGGCUGUUCUAAGAGCAAUAAUGUUGCGACGAACUAAAGGCACAUUAAUUGAUGGGGAGCCGAUUGUCAAAUUGCCCCCCAAAACCAUACGGUUGACAAAAGUGGAUUUUUCUACAGAGGAGCGUGAUUUUUAUACCCAAUUAGAGGCUGAUUCUCGCAAGCAAUUCAAGGCUUAUGCUGCAGCUGGUACAGUAAAGCAAAACUAUGCAAAUAUUUUGCUAAUGCUUCUACGGCUCCGUCAGGCUUGUGACCAUCCACUUCUUGUAAAAGGGUACAAUACUGAUUCUGUCGGGAGGGAUUCUACAGAAAUGGCAAGUAAGCUUCCUAAGGAUAUGCUGAUGAAUCUGUUAAAACGCUUGGAGACUUCUUUGGCCAUAUGCUGUACCUGCGAGGAUCCACCUGAGAAUCCUGUUGUUACCAUGUGUGGUCAUGUUUUCUGCUUUCAAUGCGUGUCUGAAUACUUGACUAGUGAUGACAAUAUGUGCCCGGCACCUGGAUGUAAGGAACAAGUUGCUGCGGACGUUGUUUUCUCGAAGACUACCCUCCGGAAAUGUAUCUCUGAUGAUCUCGAUGGCGGUUCCACAAGUUCAGGAAUUUCUGAGAAAUCCCAAGUUGGUCAUAGUGAGUACAGUUCGUCCAAAAUUAGGGCCGUUCUUGAGAUUCUGCAGAAUAAUUGCAAAGCAUCAAUUUCAACUUCUGAACAAGGGGUUUCCUUUGGAUGCAACGGAAGUUCUCUACAUUCUGAAGAUGAAUGUAUUGAGAUCCGUGAUUCUGAUGUUAAUAAUACAAAGCACACAUCUCCAUGUCCUCCAACUGGAGAACCUGUGAAGACGAUUGUUUUCUCCCAAUGGACCAGCAUGUUAGAUUUAGUAGAAAUGUCACUGAAUGAGGCUUGCAUUCAAUAUAGGAGGCUUGAUGGCACAAUGUCUCUGGUUUCAAGAGAUCGUGCUGUGAAAGAUUUCAACUCUGACCCCGAGAUCCCUGUUAUGUUGAUGUCAUUGAAGGCGGGAAAUCUAGGUUUGAACAUGGUUGCAGCAUGUCAUGUUAUCCUAUUGGAUCUUUGGUGGAAUCCGACUACUGAGGAUCAGGCUGUAGACCGAGCACAUAGAAUUGGACAGACUCGUCCUGUUACAGUGUCAAGGAUUACUAUAAAAGACACAGUAGAAGAUAGGAUACUGGCACUGCAGGAAGAGAAGAGAAAAAUGGUUGCAUCAGCAUUUGGUGAAGAUCAAAGUGGAGGUUCUGCUUCCCGCUUGACGGUUGAAGAUCUCAGAUAUCUCUUUAUGGUUUGAAUUGUCAAGCGGCUCAGCUUCUUUGUCUGGAAGUCUUAGUUAGCUUACACUUAUGGAAAAAUUUUGUAGGGAUCAGAAUAACUUCUGGUUCUGAUAAUUUAAGGGCGAGAGACACUGGUUGCACAUAUUUUGCACACCAGAGUGGCCCCUCGGGAUGGGUCAGCAUAUACUUAUGGUAACAUAAAUGAGUUUCUGUGGCCCUAGCAACAACUUUUUCCUUUUUCUUUCUUCCUUUGGGAUUUCAGUGAAGUGCCAAGAUAUCUUGAUAGGGCUGCCUGUAAAUAUCCACGUUGAUAUCUAUUGUAUACAAAAUGUUCAGUUCUAGUUGUCUUUCUUUUCCUCUUUAAUUUAUUUUUGACAUCACGUCUAAAUUCUGCAA